AUGCUCAUUGGCUUAUGUGGAGGCAUCUGCGCUGGCAAACAUGCAAUCGCGGAAUAUUUGAUCCAUAGCCAAGGUUUCCAGCGCUUGGAACUGAACCCAAAGCCUCCUACCUACUUUGGGGACGAGCCGGGUGACAAUCUACGGCUUCAAGCGUCUGAUAUCAGAAAAAACGAGGAUUCCCCACCACAUCUAGCCUUCGAGACCGCAGAUGCCCUGCUGGAUUUUGUAACGAAACGAUGGCAAGAACGCUGGGUGACGACCGAUAUUGCAGAUACUGCGACCCUUGAUCGGUUUGUGUUACGGCCCUUUUUCCUGCUUGUUAGUGUUGAUGCUCCAGUGAGCCUACGCUGGAAACGAUUCACCGACCGAUGCUGGAGACGACAAUUGGAUCCUCCAGAUCUUGAGAAAUUUGUAUUAUGGAACGAUCGUCAUCUCUACCAGAAAAAUAUCGGGCGAGUAUACCUAACAGAUCGUGCCCAAGUACGCCUCUUCAACUCAUCCUCCUCUCUCGAUGAGCUUCAUACGUCUCUUAAAAAGCUUAACCUUGCGGAUGAGCAGCGACUUAGGCCAAAUUGGGACCAAUACUUUAUGCAACUUGCGUCUCUUGCCGCGCAGCGAAGCAAUUGCAUGAAACGACGCGUGGGAUGCGUUCUAGUCCGAGAGCGACGAGUUAUUAGCACUGGUUACAAUGGGACCCCUCGGCAUCUUCCAAAUUGCAAUGAAGGUGGAUGUCCGCGCUGUAACAGAGGAGACGGCGGCGGAGUAGGCCUCUCAACCUGUCUUUGCUUACAUGCCGAAGAAAAUGCGCUUCUAGAAGCCGGUCGAGAACGUAUUCGAGAGGGGGCAAUCCUUUACUGUGAUACGUGCCCUUGUCUGACCUGCACUGUCAAGAUAACCCAAGUUGGGAUAUCAGAGGUGGUUUACUCGCAAGGGUACAAUAUGGACAGCGAUAGCGCCGCCAUCCUCGAAGCGGCCGGUGUUCGUCUACGACAAUUCAGCCCGUUGCAGGACAGCGCAGCCAGUCUCAUAGGCUACAAUCAAAUUUUGGUCAUGCCGACCGUGCACCUUCUAGACUAUGUCGCGGGCAACAUUCGCUCUUUGGUCAAUGCGAUCAAUCAAGUCGGGUAUGAGGUGGAAUGGAUCAAAUCUCCCGAGGAUGUCAAAAAAGCAGAGAAACUGAUCCUUCCGGGUGUCGGUCACUUCGGUCAUUGUCUUUCGCAGCUCGACAAGGGCGGCUUUUUGGGCCCCAUUCGGGAACACGUCGAUGCCGGGAAACCUUUCAUGGGAAUCUGUGUCGGCCUACAGGCCCUCUUCCAAGGGUCAGAGGAGGACCCAAAUUUUCCUGGGCUGGGCUUAAUCCCAAUUCAUAUUCAGAAGUUCAAGGAUGUGUCUAAGAGCGUACCUCACAUAGGAUGGAACUCGGCGAUCAAUUCUGCAGCCAAUGAACGGAGCUUCUACGGACUAAGACCGACCAGCAAAUACUAUUACGUCCACUCGUACGCAGCCCCCUACACGCCCGGUAUCCUUGAGGCGGAAGGCUGGUCUGUUGCCACAGCUACUUAUGGUGAUGAGGAGUUUAUCGGUGCAAUCAGCCGCGGAAAUAUAUUUGGAACACAAUUUCAUCCAGAAAAGAGCGGUGUUGCUGGUCUAAGAGCCAUUCGAGCUUUCUUGUCUGGUGACCAAUUCCAGUCACUUUCCCCGGAUUCGAUCGUUGGCAAGAAGGAUGGUCUGACACGUCGUGUUAUUGCCUGUCUCGAUGUGCGCACAAAUGACACAGGCGAUCUUGUUGUUACCAAAGGUGACCAAUAUGACGUCCGUGAAAAGGCGGGCGUGAAUGCGGGUGGUCAAGUCCGCAACCUUGGGAAGCCAGUGGAUAUGGCGAAGAAAUAUUAUGAGCAAGGCGCGGACGAGGUCACUUUUUUGAAUAUCACCUCUUUUCGAAACUGUCCAUUGGCAGAUACUCCUAUGCUGGAGAUUCUACGAAGGGCAUCAGAGACUGUUUUUGUGCCAUUGACCAUCGGCGGCGGAAUCAAGGACACCACGGACACUGAUGGCACAGAGGUCACCGCGCUGGAAGUCGCGACUAUGUACUUCAAGUCAGGAGCAGACAAGGUCAGCAUUGGCUCAGAUGCCGUCUUUGCUGCAGAGGAUUACUACCAAGCCGGAAAAGCCCUAGGUGGACGGACCGCCAUUGAAACGAUCUCCCAAGCAUACGGUAAUCAGGCCGUGGUGGUAAGCGUGGACCCCAAACGGGUUUAUGUGGAUCGUCCAGAGGACACCACUCAUCAUACUAUCAAAACCGCCUUUCCCAAUGCGGCGGGUCAGGAGUUCUGCUGGUACCAGUGUACGGUCAAGGGAGGCAGAGAAACCCGAGAUGUUGAUGUGCGGCAGUUGGUGCAGGCUGUAGAAGCAAUGGGGGCUGGAGAGAUUUUACUGAAUUGCAUUGAUAAGGACGGCAGUAACAGUGGGUUUGACUUGGAACUCAUCAAUGAUGUCAAAGCGGCUAUCAAAAUCCCCGUCAUAGCUUCGAGUGGAGCAGGCAACCCUGGUCAUUUCGCCGAGGUGUUCAAAAAGACCCCGACUGAUGCAGCUCUAGGCGCAGGCAUGUUCCACCGAGGCGAAUACACUGUUAGCCAGGUCAAAGACCAUCUCCAAGCGGAAGGCUUCCUUGUACGGCAAUUCGAGGCCCAGAUUUGA